UUACUAAACGAGUUCAGCAAGUCCACUGAUUGGUAUCUUUAUCGCCCAAAGGUGGAGACCUUUUCCUUAGCUAUGCGGGUGGCACUGCAAGUUUUGUGUCUAAAGCGACUUGAACGACUGCUACUAUAAGUUUACAGUAAACGUCAGCGCUCCCGCUGUGAUUGAGAAGCCGCCUGAGACGCGCCCUGCCUGUCCUAUAGGCUGAACCUGAGCGAGGUGACGCGUGGAAGGAAGCGACGCCAUGCGCUCAGUCCUCUCGACACUGCUCACAUCACCUUAACGUCACAUCACAACACAUUAGCCGAGAGAAAAAUCGCCUCGACACGGCGGUGUGCUUUAGGUUUACAUAGCCGUACGUUCGAUACCUUUAGAGGUGCUACCUGUCUUUGUAUCAUCACUCCGGCGACAGAAAAUGCUCGAGUGUCUUUGUGGGAACUGGUGCUUGCGUGUGAUUGAAGGAAACAAAUCGACGUGGUAUUUUCUGCUCUUGCUGCUGGCCUAUGUGCUAUAUCUCAUUUUUGGGGCUGUCGUUUUCUCUCUGGUGGAAUUGCCGUAUGAGGACUUGCUCCGAAAAGAGCUCACCACCGCGAAGCAGCAGUUUCUCCAGGAGAAUGAAUGUUUAUCCGAGGAGAAACUGGAGGCAUUUUUGGCCAAAGCGCUGCAGGCGAAUAAUUACGGCGUGUCCGUGUUAAGUAACAACUCCACCAACUGGAAUUGGGAUUUCACAUCAGCGCUAUUUUUCGCCAGCACAGUGCUCUCCACGACAGGGUAUGGCCACACGGUGCCACUGUCAGAUGAGGGAAAGGCCUUUUGCAUCUUCUACUCUGUGAUUGGGAUCCCAUUCACCCUCCUGUUCCUGACUGCUGUGGUGCAGAGGGUGAUGGUGUUCAGCACUCGACGGCCUGUAGCCUUCAUACAGCGCCGCUGGGGUCUGUCCAAGUCUCUGGUGACAAGUGUGCAUGCAAUUUUGUUAGCUGUCAUCAUCAUCUCCAGCUUCUUCCUCAUCCCUGCUGUAAUCUUCUCUGUGAUGGAGGAGGACUGGAACUUCCUGGAGUCUUUCUACUUUUGCUUUAUCUCACUUAGUACCAUUGGCCUGGGUGACUACGUGCCAGGAGAGGGCUACAACCAGAAGUUCAGGCAGCUGUAUAAAGUGGGAAUUACUGUCUAUCUGUUACUGGGCCUAAUCGCCAUGCUGGUGGUUCUGGAGACAUUGUGUGAGCUUCAGCACUUGAAGAAACUAAGGAAGUUAUUUUAUAUCAAGAAAAAUAAACCAGAAGACCAGCUUACAAUCAUGGAACAUGAUCAUCUCUCUUUCACAUCCAUGUCUGAUCAAGGAGCCCCAGUCAGAGACUAUAAGACAGAUCUUUCCCCUGACAUAUCCCCAAUAGAAGGUUGUGAUACCCCUACCAUUAGGUAAGGUCCUAAGCAACUGUCAGGUUUAGAUAGUCAGUGAUCAAAUGCUUCUGAAUUAGAUUAGUCAAACUUGAAAUGAUGGUUGGAACACAUGCCAACUUUUAUAAAAUGGACCUAUGAUUGUAGCAAUCAUAGUAUAGCUCAUCAUUGUGUAAUCAUAAAUUAUUAGGCAGGAAAUAAAUCAUGUAAAAUCUUGGAAUUAUUUGUAGAAUUUAAUUUGUCCUUAACAGCUUUUAGGUAAUAAAUAUGCAUAGGGACAUGUAGAAUAUCUUAUAGUAAUUUAAAGGAUUUAAAAGGGGUAGAAAUAUGUUAAAAAGGGGUAUGUACCUAGGCUAUUGAUCAUCAUUAAUAAGAAAUUAAAGUCAUUGAUCAUUCUAUGAAUGUGUAUUGAUAAACCUAAUUAAGCACUUUUUUUCCUGUGUAUGUAUACAUGUUUCAGUGCCACAACUGUAAUUGAGCGCUAAUUAUACACAUAAAGCCUUAGUCAAAAGUUUGGGCACGCAUACUCAGAGAGGUUUUCUUAAUUUGUAUUAUUUUUCACAUUUAAUAAAAAUAAUAAGAAAGUCACCAAAAUAAUGAAAGAACAUGUAGAGUUGUCCAGUGGCCAUUAAGUGUUAAACAAAUUAAACUGUAUAAUGUUUUAGAUUGGUUUUAGCCUUCAUCACACACUCCUUACAUUCCCUCAGUCACGUUUCCACAUGCUGAAGGCUCCUCAGCUGCUUUUUUCUAAAUGUUUUCUUUGUAAAACUUUUUUUUUUUUGAUUGUGGGCUAUUUGUGGUGUGUGCAUGUGCGUUGGAAAUGUAUAAAUAUUUUUUUCGUUUUCUUUGGUAAGUGAAUUCAUACAUGGCAUUUAAUCAGCUGUGUCCAAACAUUUGACUGCUGCCUUACUGUAAUGUCAUUAAUGUAGUUAAUUACUGUCCUAAGUAACUAUAGACAGGGUCUUUCUGACAUCAUGCAAUAUAGACACAUGUGUAGAACAGAAGAAGGUGAAAACACACCACAUAUCCUGGAUUCAUAUACGAUUUACAUUAACUGAAAUAUACUGGAUUUUCAUGCUGUAUUAGUUGAUGUUGCAGUAGUAUAUACUGUAGUUGUUCACCUGAGGGCACUGUUUUACAUUGUUUUAGGAGUAUGAUGAAGGACUAUCAAGUUUACAGACAAGUUUACAGAUUGUGGUGAUAAAAUCUGUAGCUUGAAGCUACAAUUCCUAUGAUUGGGAUAAUACAUCAUCCUUUUUGUGAUCUAUUUCUGUAAUGUAGUUGCAAUGCUGAUAGCUUGUUUGUUACAGUACCUGAAGGUGUAUGCUUUAAGACAGGGUAUUAAAGAAUCACUGCAAAAUUCAUGUGACCGUUUUGUAUGUUGGAAUUAGUGUUUGUAAAGCCUGGAAAUUGUGAAUAAAAUGUGCUGUAAUUUUAAACUAUAAUAUCUGUGCAGUAGAUUGACUCAUCUUUAAUAUAGAGUUGCACUCAGAUGUGAAAAUAAAAACACCUAGGGGUUAAACUUGUGUCU